AUCCCUGGAUUAUUACUUAUUGAAAAAUGCUCGUUGAUAGAAAGGACACUUUGAUGGUUUAUCGCCAGCUCUUUGAGGAUGGAGUUUUCGUGGUGAAGGACGACGUCCACAAGCCCUACGUGAUUGGUCAGGACGAGAACGGAAUGAACAUCACCAUCAGCGGACUGAAGGUGAUCAAGCUGCUCCAGUCUCUGUGCUCUCGCGGAUACGUGAAGAAGACCUACUGCUGGUGCCACUUCUACUACACUCUCACUGAUGCGGGUGUGAAGUUCCUCUCUGAGUACCUUCACCUCCCUGAGCACAUUGUGCCCAACACUCACAAGAGAGUGAAUCCCACGAUGCCUCGUGAGGAGCGUCCCUAUCCUCGCCGUGAUGGAGACAAGCCCGGAUUCCGCCGCAACGGACAGUUCCGUUCCAACCGCAGCGGAUUCAAGGAGCAGCCUAAGGAGCAGCCUAAGGAGCUCUAAGCGUCCUCAACGACAUACCAGAUAACAAAAAGUUGUUGGUUCAUGUAAAAAGGGAUACUUCCCCGCUCUGUUUGUUGCA